GUUUUACCGUGCUGUAGAUGCAAAUGGCUGUCACAUCUUUCCAAGUUAAAAUUUGCUUUUAAUUUUUGCAGGGUGGAGCUAUCACGUAGACAACAAAGACUGGGAAAACGAAUAUCCUUCGUGCGGUGGCAGAAGACAGUCGCCAAUAAGUAUUUAUCUUAAAGACACCAGAUACGUGAAACACCGUGAACUGGUUUUCUCGGGAUACUCGAACACAGCGUCUAAUUUAACAAUGACUAACACGGGACACACAGUGACGUUGAAACUGCAGAAAGGUUUGCAUUUGCAAGGUGGAGGACUGACCGAAAUGUAUAUUGCACAUAAAAUGGCUUUCCACUGGGGAUCCGUAGAUAUUAUAGGAUCAGAACAUUUGCUUGAAGGACGGCGAUACCCAAUGGAGGUUCAAAUUUACCAUUAUUCUUAUAAAUUUACUUCUGAGCAAUUGGCCUGGAAAAAAGGACACAGCCUUGUAGUAGUUGCUUACUUCGUCCAGACUGGCGUCAUUGAAAAUAGUGCAUUUCAUGAAAUAAUCAAUAACUUGAGAAUGAUAAAUUUUAAAGAUAAUCAGUAUCGUGUGAAAAAUUGGAAUCUAGAAGCUUUUCUUCCGAGGAACCGGUCUUGUUUUAUUACCUAUCGGGGCAGUGUCACAUUCCCACCUUGCAGAGAAGGAGUUACCUGGAUAAUACUUUGGGAAACAGUUCAUAUUUCCACUGGACAGCUUGAAAUAUUUCGCUCUCUGUUGUCUGAGCACGGCGCGGGAGGACCGAGAAUAUUAUUGGGAAACAACUUCCGACCACUUCAGCCGAUCAACAACAGAGGGCUCUACCGUUCCUGUAUGACAAUGACGUCCGUUAUUGCAUUAUUUCCUUCGCCACUUAGACUGUUGCUGUUCUGUCAAGCAGGAAUCGUCAUGGUAUUACAAUAGUAACGGCUUUUAACAUUCUGGGCUCGACAAAGAUCAUCACCAACUCACCAACACACCAACUGAACAAUGAUUUGAGCGCUGCUUCUUUAUUCACCGUCGCUGUCGAGAAAUGUCUCUGCCAAAGUAUAUCGCUGUCACCAUGAUUGUUAUCAUCAUCAUCAUCAUCAACAACUGGCAGAAUCAGUUGUGUAUCGGACAAAAUGCUUUACGUUUUGAGUCCAAAUCUCGCCUAGGUCUACUUCAACGUGUAUACCCUCGAGUCGAUAAAAUAAUGUACCCCUAAAUUUGUGGCCUUAAGUAGCGGCGAGCUAGCGAAAUCAUUUGAGUAUGGGAAAAAUACCUCGUUAUGGGGGAAAUACCUCAUCGUUUUUCUUCCAACUUUUUAUAUUCUAGGUUCAAAUCUCUGUGGAGUCAUCUUUACUCGUUCAUCUCUCCACAGUCGAUAAAAGGAUGCCCAAGUUAAGAACAGGGGUCGAUGUACUUGGCUAAUCCCUCUCCUGAAUUGCUAGCCUUGUGUUAAAAUUGCCAUUGCUUGGCUGAAUCGUUAAAACGUCAGACAAAAUGCCAUGUUGUUUGGUUAUUUACGUUCUAAGUUCUUUACAGAGAUGAACCUUUUAUUCCUCCGGAGUCGAGAAAAUAAAGUACUCGUCAAACACUGAUAUAAAUUGAUCUUCGCUCCUAAAAAUUGUUAGCCUUUUACCUAAAUCAAUAAACAUUAUAAUAAUAAUAAUAAUAAUAAUUAUUAUUAUUAUUGUC